CAGAAUCAUGAGCUCAAAGAGUUCAAGAAAAAAAAAAUGUGGGAACUGGCAACGUCUCCUUCAAAAUCGAUCAUCAUGAACAUUGGUAUGUCGUACAUGUCACCGAACGAUAUCCAAGUCAUUCCCAUCAUGAUGCUUUUCAUGCUUUUUAUCAAUACAUUUAAAGAAAUGUUUGUGGUGAACGUGAAGUUCAAACAACUUGAUUCCAGUAUUGAGUCUGAAAUUGAUUCUUACGAUGUGAGUAUCAUGAAACUCAUUUAUAUACUAUCGUGCUGUGGAAACCUGCUAGUCGGGUUAUGGAAACUAUACUCAAUGGGCUUAGUUCCAAACAAAUCGAGCGAUUGGCUGGGAUGGGAACAG